UGCAGAGUGAAGAGAUUAUGGUGGACUGACAACUGCUGUCUCUAGAGCCUGGAAAUUGACCAGAUUGCCUGAUUUUCCCAUGCUUCAGCUAACCAAAAGAAGAAGGAAAAAAAAAAUCAUCCCAGCAUGACUGCUGCUUCCAGGUUCUUAUUUGCACUGAAUCUCCUCUCUCCUCUCCUAGAUGCUUGAUGGUUAUUGCUUUAGACUUACCAGUCUAGAUAGAUUUUCAACCUGGAAUUCUCUCUGCCCCAAAGAUGCUACUGGUGACUGCUGGCUUGCUAGGACGGAGCAUUUGGUUAUCUGAGUAAAACUUUACCUGGUCCUUAUGCAUUUGUCUGUGCAGAGGGACGGAUUUCCUUGAAGAACGACAGCCACAGCACCAUCACCUCAGGAACAGCAAAUUCAGGGGAAGGGCUGGGCAGGGCUUUCACCCAAAUGGCUCACAUGUUGCCCUGGUUGCUGCUGUGGCUGGGCUCUGGCAUGGUGCACGCCAGCCAGCCACAUCUGGGGAUCCGGGUGCCUCUGAGGAAUGGGAUGGGGACCUUGCAACAGGCCCACAGGAUGCAGCGCUCAGCUGAGGAGGAGCGGGAGGAUUCCAGACAAAGAAGCAGUUUUAUGAACAUGAUAGAUAACUUGAGAGGAAAAUCUGGACAGGGCUACUAUGUGGAGAUGACUCUAGGGAGCCCCCCACAAAAGCUGAACAUUCUGGUGGACACGGGGAGCAGUAACUUUGCCGUGGGGGCAGCGCCGCACGCCUUCCUGCGGAGGUACUACCAGCGACAGCUGUCCAGCACCUACCGGGACUUGCGGAAAGGGGUCUACGUGCCAUACACCCAGGGCAAAUGGGAAGGUGAACUGGGGACGGACCUGGUCACCAUCCCCCACGGCCCAAACGUCACCGUCCGCGCCAACAUCGCUGCCAUCACAGAGUCCGACAAAUUCUUCAUCAACGGGUCAAACUGGGAAGGGAUUCUGGGGCUGGCCUAUGCCGAAAUCGCCCGGCCUGAUGACACCCUGGAGCCCUUCUUCAACUCGCUGGUGAAGCAGACCCGGGUGCCCAACAUCUUCUCCCUGCAGCUCUGCGGGGCCGGCUUCUCUCCCAACGAGUCCGAGGCCCUGGCGUCGGUCGGGGGCAGCAUGAUCAUCGGGGGCGUGGACCACUCCCUCCACAUUGGCAGCAUCUGGUACACGCCUAUCCGCAAGGAGUGGUACUACGAGGUCAUCAUCGUUAAGAUGGAGAUCAAUGGGCAGGACCUGAAGAUGGACUGCAAGGAGUAUAAUUACGACAAGAGCAUCGUGGACAGCGGGACCACCAACCUCCGGCUGCCAAAGAAGGUGUUUGAGGCUGCAGUGAAAUCCAUCAAAAUGGUGUCUUCGACGGAGAAGUUCCCGGAUGGCUUCUGGCUGGGGGAGCAGCUGGUUUGCUGGCAAGUCGGCACCACCCCCUGGCACAUCUUCCCAGUCAUAUCGCUCUACCUGAUGGGCGAGGCGACGAACCAGUCCUUCCGGAUCACCAUCUUACCCCAGCAAUACCUGCGCCCCGUCGAGGACGUGGCCACGUCCCAGGACGACUGCUACAAGUUUGCCAUCUCCCAGUCCUCCACAGGCACCGUCAUGGGCGCCGUCAUCAUGGAAGGCUUCUACGUGGUCUUCGACCGCGCCCGCAAGCGGAUCGGCUUUGCCGUCAGCACCUGCCACGUGCAUGACGAGUUCCGGACGGCGGCAGUGGAGGGGCCCUACGUGCACCCCAACAUGGAGGACUGCGGUUACAACAUCCCGCAGACGGACGAGUCCACCCUGAUGACCAUCGCCUACGUCAUGGCGGCCAUCUGUGCCCUCUUCAUGCUGCCGCUGUGCCUCAUGGUCUUCCAGUGGCGCUGCUUCCGCUGCCUGCGGCGGGACCACAACGACUUCGCCGACGACAUAUCCUUGCUCAAGUGACACCCGCUCUGCUGGCGCGAGGGAGCAGCCGGUGGGGGGAGGCAGGGAGGGAGAGCGUGAGCUGAGCUCAUCAGCACAGGCUCCUCUGCCCACAGAGUUUGGCUGGGGCUGGAAACAGCACCAGCCAUUGCCCCAGGCCACAGCCGGGUCUGUUCUUCCCCUGCCCCCUCCAGUGGCUCAGCCAACACUGCCUGGAGCCGUUGGCUCUGCCCUGGGAGUGGGCGCCGGAGCAACGGGUGAGACUCAGCAGCAGGCCAGGACGCUGGGCCUGUCGGCAGGUUUAUAAGGUCACCGGGGAGUACAUUGAAGCUUGCUCGCUGUUUAACUCCCCUCUGCGUGCAGAGC